AUGAUGAGAAAACUAUGGACAAAGGAUCGACAAAUAUCAUGGGAUGACCCACUGCCGGAAAAUCUAGCGGAUGAAUGGCGUGAAUUCUUUCAAGUCCUACCUGAAUUACAAAGGAUUUCUUACCCGCGAGCCAUCAAACCGGAGAAAGCUGUUGGAGAACCUGCAUUGGUCAUAUUUUCUGAUGCAUCUGGAACAGCAUAUGGUGCCAAUAGAGUCGCACCCAUAAGGAUAAUUGACAUUGUGCGCUUGGUGUUAAUUGCUGCUGUUUUAAGUAAGCGCAUCAGAUGCUUUAUCAAAAAGGAGACUAAAUUGAAGUUCUCAAAAGUGUAUCACAUAGUUGAUAGUGAAAUAAUAAAAGCGAUGAUCUCGAAGGAAAGUUAUGGUUUCAACACAUUUGCUGCAAACAGAAUUGGCGAAACACAACACUCUACCAGUCCAUCAGAAUGGUUUUGGGUGAAGGGUUAUCUAAACAUAGCUGAUUGGAUCACCAGGGAAAAACAUCCAAAAGAUCUCGACAGGGAAAGCAUUUGGCAGACCGGACCACGAUUUUUGUCUCGAUGCGUUGAUAACUGGCCCGUUCAAAGUACCACCACCUUAAAAGAAUUACCAGAAUGUCCAAAGAUUUCUUUUGUCAAUGUGUCCGAUGGUCAGUUUGUGGAAACAUUAGCUGAGAGGAUCGAUAUUGAGCGCUUCAGCAAACUCGAGCUACUUAGAAAUACGACAGCAAGAAUCCUAAGAUUAUACAAAAGAUUCCUGUCGACCAACCAAGGUAGAGAAAUAGGCAAAGGCGAGCUGACAAUAGAGGACCGGCAAUAUGCAGACAAUUUUUGGAUCAAGGAAGCUCAGAGAACUAUCGAGGACGGAGUUAAGAAGGAAAAGUAUAUUAAGCUGUGUCCGAAGUAUGAAGAUGAAAUUCUGGUGGUGGGUGGUCGGACAGAGCGAGGGAUGGAGGCGACGUGGAACAAGCAAAAGUUCAUCCUUUUACCAGCAAAUCACAGGCUAUCCUAUCUUAUUGCCUCAACAGAGCAUAAGUUGAGUGGACACUUGGGGAUAUUAGCGACGAUAUCAAGAAUUAGGUCGCACUACUAG